UAUAAAAUUUACAGAAGGCAGGAAUCCUUAAUCAUUCAUAGCCGCGGCACCAUCUUCUUCUUCCUCUCUGCAAUUUCCAAUUCCAAUUAAUUAUCAAAAUCCGAAGAAUCCCUGCAAUCCGAUCAGAACCGCCACGCCGCUCUUCUUCUUUGCAGUACACGGAAUAUCUCUUUGACGAAAUGUCUUCUCCCAGCAAGAGGCGUGACAUGGAUGUCAUGAAAUUAAUGAUGAGUGACUACACUGUGGAGCCCAUAAAUGAUGGCAUCAAUGAAUUCAAUGUGGAAUUUCAUGGCCCAAAAGAAAGUCCAUAUGAAGGUGGAGUUUGGAAAGUUCGCGUGGAACUUCCAGAUGCUUAUCCUUACAAGUCUCCUUCAAUCGGGUUUAUCAACAAAAUCUUCCACCCCAAUGUUGACGAGCUGUCGGGCUCGGUAUGCUUGGAUGUCAUCAACCAGUCAUGGAGUCCAAUGUUCGAUCUAUUGAAUGUCUUUGAGGUUUUCCUUCCCCAACUUCUACUCUAUCCAAACCCUUCAGACCCACUCAAUGGCGAUGCCGCGUCUCUGAUGAUGAAAGACAAAGCAGAAUAUGAUAAAAAAGUAAAAGAGUAUUGUGACCGUUAUGCAAAGAAGCAGGACGCUGAUAAUAGCGUGAGCGAUGAGAGUGACGACGAAGUGAGCGGCAACGAGGCCUACAGUGACGGGCGGAGUGAAAGCGAGGACGAAGUGGCGGGGCAUGCGGAUCCUUAGGGAUUCAAUCUAUUGUUUUAUUAAAAUUAAUUGUAUUAUGAAUGGCUACUAUAAUGUAUAUUAGGACAUUAGAGAAGCAACUGUAGUGACUAGAUAUUAUAAAAAUGCAUGUGGUAAAUUGAGAUCCCAAUUUCUUACAUGUUUGUCAAGUUUAUGUAAUACUUGCACAAUCAUGCUUAUAUAUUACUGUCUGAUGUUGGCUUGUA